AUGUUUGCAAGGACGACCGUCUGUGCCGCUUGUAAGCGGUCGACACCUCUACGUCUCCUGAGACGACCGCAGAAUCAUUAUCUCCAUGCAUCGCCAGCAUUGGAACUUCCGCGCCGGAAAGAUUUCUUUUCAUCCAAUGCCUUCCUAACACAAAAGCAGCUCAGCAAGAAUGAGGGGUCGUCAGAACUCCCCGAAUCCCAGAAACAGCGCAGACGAAGUGGGAGGACUCCUGCAGCUCCUACAUCCCUACGGCGAGUUGCGGUGGAGGCACAAAGAUCGAGGGAUGGAUUUCUCUCCAAAGCCCAGCUCAAGGAGCAGGGCAUUCAUCAGACUAAGACAGUGACAGCCUAUGCUGUGGCUGAACAAUUCAACAUUCGCCAAGUCCGAGAAAUUUUACAAGAGAAAGGCUAUGAACCAGAUCCAUUAAACACCGGCCUUUACCCACAGGUAGUUCACGUUCAAAUACCUAUCGACUCGAUACGCCGGGUUGGGAACCCAUCAACAACUGGUCUAGCCUCUGAUGAAGUCGGCGAUGUGUUUGUUUUUCCGUCAGGAACCGUGGUGGCAUGGUCGCUCCCUGAAGGGUUCACAUCAUUUUUGGCGACUCGAACUCUUCUUCCAGCUGCAGAAGGGGCUCAUGUCGAUGACCUCGAGACUGAGGAUCUCGAGUUUGUUGAGGAUCCUAAACGGGACAACAGUAGCAUUAAAGGAGACACCAUCGUUCUUGGGACUAAGUCCAGCAACGAUGGAUCUGAAAUACCGCUUGCAAAACAACAAUCUAUUGAUACUGUUUUGACCAAGGUUGCAUUCUCUUCCGGUCUAGCCAGAAGUACAAAACUCGCGGUUCUUGAAAGUCUUCUCUCGAACUAUUUCGAGUCGACCCGCACAAUCCCGACUCUUCUAUCACAAGGCUCCCGCUUGCCCUUUACUCGCGAUUUCAUUCUUCGAAAGACAGGGCAACUUCUCAGUGUGCGCGCACAGCUCAACCUCUACUCGGAACUUACAGACUCCCUCCCUGAUCUCUUCUGGGACAGCCGGCAUGAGCUUGGUCUGGAAGGGUAUUAUGAGCAGGUUGGGCGGGCCCUAGACGUAGGAAUCCGCAUCAAGCUCCUAAACGAAAAAAUGGACUAUGCACAAGAGAUUGCAAGCGUCCUACGUGAACGACUUAGCGAGACACAUGGUCUUCGCCUCGAAUGGAUCAUUAUUCUCCUCAUUGCCGUCGAAGUUGGCUUUGAGGUGUUGCGGUUGUACAAAGAGAGACUCCACGAACAGGAGGAGAUCUCACGAAAACGAUCAUUCGAAGCUGGAACUGUCUGA